AGCAGUACCAGAGUGUGUGGGGGAGCAGGCAGUGCUCCCAGCCAGCUCCCUGGUUCUGCCAGACCAUCCAGCCCCGGCUUGGAGCUGCUCCACAGGCACCAUGAGGAGCACCCUGCUGUUUGCAGCCGUCCUGGCCCUCAGCCUGACUCAGAGCUUUGGGGCUGUCUGUGAGGAGUCAGAGGAGCAGGUGGUGCCCAGCGGAGGCCACAGCAAGAAGGACCGGGAUCUCUACCAGCUGCCCCCGUCCCUGCUGCGGAGACUCCAUGACAGCCGCUCAGUCUCUCUGGAGGGAUUGCUCAAAGCGCUGAGCAAGGCUAGCAUAGAUCCCAAGAAUUCAUCGCUUCCCCAGAAACGUGACAUGCAUGACUUUUUUGUGGGACUUAUGGGCAAGAGGAAUAUCCAGACAGGCACUGAAGGGAAUCAAGAGAAUGCCCCAAGGUUUGGCACCCUCAAGUUCCCCCCCAGUGCAGAAUGAGUACUUCACUUCCGGACCUCAGGGCUGCAUCAUGAAGACAUACUCUGUCUCCCUGCCCCAACCCCCAGCUGCAUGCGCCUCUCCUCUUUCUCACUCUUGUAACAUUUCUCUGCUUGGCCUCCUUCCUGCCCAGCCUGGUGUAGAAACUGUAUAGUGACGAUCCCUAAA